GGCGCGAAUGUCUACUACAUACAGAGGAGUGGAAGGUUUCACCUGUGAUUUUCGAAGUGAUGGCGGAGGAGGGCAGCGCGCCGGGUAGCCAUGCUGAAAUAGAGGUCACUAAGGCAUUUGCUUUCACUCUUAACUGCUCAGAGAGAAGGGGCACCAUCCAGUCUCCCGUGCACUUCCCAUGUUCAGAGUGAAAGAAUAAAUGGAGGUGGUUUGAAUGAAUCUCAUCCAGUGCCAAGACCUUCAGUCCAAACAGAAAUGACCAGAUCUUUUCCGGGAUUAUUUUCAAGGGGCAAAGGAAAGAGACGCUUUCCUGCUGUUCCUCUGGUGCCCGCAAAAAAACAAAGACCAAUGGAUAUUCAGUUUUACCUUUUGCCAUGUACGUCUGAAAAAACUCCUAAUGAACCUGACCAGCUGUUACACACACAGUCAGGUUUGGGCUGCAAGACUGCCAGACUUGAUGAAAGCGCAGUUCAUGAGGAGAUAUGUGAUGUCUUGAAAAUAUUAUAUCCUAAAAUGAGGACAGUGACUGGUGGAUGGUUUCUUUAUAAAGCCUCUGGUAGGGAACAGUUGUUUUGUUUUCUGUGACAAAUGGAUUUAAGCCCAGAAAGUUAAAAUUAAUAGUUGUUUUUAUAUGGUAUGCUACCUUGAUAAAGCCAUUUCUCAAUUUCGUCUUUCCCAACUUCAAAACCAUCUACGGGAGACUCCAUUGUGUCUUAGUAUGGACAUAAGACAAAGUCUAGCAGAACAAGAUAUGGCACUGAUGCUAUUCUAUAAACGCCCCAACAUUGACUGGGCAAGGCCAUUAAACUGCAGACUUGAAGGUGAUACUGCUGUUGGAGAGGGGGUCAAUCGAUUUUUCUUUUCCACGUGUAUAGAUAAGAUGAAAUCUGGUUUUAACAUCAACUUUGCGAACACUGAAGUCACACGUGUCUUUGAUGGUGAGCCUGGGCAUUUGGUGCCUUCAGCCUCACAUUUUCUUAUUGAGAGCGACAUAUUCCUCAUGGUAGGCCGAAUGCUCGGGCACUCAUUCCUUCAUGGGGGACCAUGUUUGUCAGACCUGAGCCCUGCCUUCAUACAUGUGCUGCUUGGUGGAACUCCUGAAACCGCUACUGUGACUAUAGAAGAUUGUCCAGAUUUGGAUAUAAGAGAAACCAUCAGACUGCUUGAGGGGGAUGCAGAAAUAUCCCAAGAGGACAAACAAACUGUCCAAGAAUUGGCUGCCGCCUGGGACCUUCCCCCACUCAAAGAAAAUAACAGGAGGUGGAUGUUUGAAAAGCUGCUAAUGCAUGCGGUAAUUGGUCGCAUAACCAGGCAAACCAAACAAAUGCGAGGUGGACUCAAAGAGACUGGAAUGUGGACAGUCUUAACAAAAAGACCUGAUGCAGUGGGCUUGCUCUUCCCAGGUGAAGGAGCUUCACACCCUGUUCCUGAGGUUCUUCUUCAGCGCAUCACCUAGCCUUUUGACACAGUGGACGAUGAAGAUGAUGACUGUUCUGUUGACACAAAGUGCCGCAUCUCAGGCUAUCUUCGCCAGUUCAUUCAAAACGGUGCAUAUAUAUUUUUCUUUUUAUGGAACAUGCACUAGAUGCAUAAUAAGAUAUGUAUUUUUAGACUGAAUGUUCGUUCUUGACUUCUGGGAAUAAAUAUUACAAUAUACUGUAAAUCUAAGCACUGUAGUCUUGGUUUAUGUAGUAUCAGACAAUUCAACAAUAUCUCACUGGAUCAGUGAUAGUAACAGGUUCAGGUCUGUUGUCUUAUUGUGUCAUGAGACCUCACUUGGUCAUGUGACAUGUGGUUGUAGAUAUGGGUA